AUGAUUCGCCCAUAUCUAUACUAUGCAUUCAAAAUUAAAGAUGGAUUAUAUAUUGGGAAUAAACGAGCUGCUAAUGUAUUAAUCCUUAUUAUUGAUAGGAUAUUUAGUUUCAAUUUUAUAACUAGAUAACAUUAAUAAUAAAUUGCGCUGCUUUGGAAAUGAGGAUUAAUAAUUAGAUGGUUGAUGUUAUUAAUUUUGAAUGGUUAGAUAAAGAGGAAUAGGUUAUAUUUAAUAUUAAGUAAUAUUUAGUAAAUAGUAGUUAAGACUAAUAUAGAUUAGGUUUACAAUGCCAUUGAGGAAACUAAUGAGAGAGGAGAGUCAGUACUUAUAUGUUGUAUAUCUGGGUAAAGUAGAUCCGUAACUAUUGCAGCUGCCUAUUUUAUGAAGAAGUAUUUUAGAAGUCAUUAAUAUUUAGAUUAAAUUGGAAUCUAAAGACUUCUUUAUAAUAUUUAUAAAUUUGCAGAAAAGAUUUUGAAAUUCGGGAAGGAUUUCUUUAUUAAUUAAGUCGUUAUGAAAGAGAACUAUUAACAAUGUAGAAAGGAGAUUUAACUGAAUAAGAUAAAUAAGGUAAAGAAUUAGAAAUACUAUUAAAAAAUACUUACUUUAAUGCUAAAUUGUUUGAGUUUUGGGAAUCUUCGAAAACACAUAGUUUUUCAAAAAGAAAACCAAAAAAAUGCUUAAAGAAAGUUUAUUGGGCCUAAAAACUUGUUACAUUCAUUAAUAAUAGCAUUGAUUCAAUCUAAUAAAAUAUCUUACUUAUUUAAAAAAAUGAUUAUUUUGACAUGAAAAAAUUAAAAUAAUUGAAUAUAAUGAAAUAAAAUGGAGAUAUAGAAAAAAAAUAAAAUUAAUAUAGUUUUUCAUCAAGAAAUAAAACACCUGAUCCUAUUCGAAAUAGAUCCAUAUAAUUUGAUAAUAAAUAUCGAAAUAAAUCAGUAAUCAAAUAAAUUGAAUCUGAAUCAAACCAAUUUUUAUCUUAGCGCAAGAGUCUCACAAAAGGAGAAAAGUAAAUUAGAGUUUCAAAAUGCAUGAUGCAAUUUAGAAUGAAAUGA